AUGCACUAUCCUUUUCCAUCUUCGCUCCACCGCGAUAGCAACAAUCGUCUACCUCUAACUCCAACAUUUCUCCUUCAUCCUUUACAGCGGUUUUAUCUGUUACUUCUUCUCUUGCCUUCCUCUCUUUCCACCGUCUACCCUUUUGAAAAUCCAUUCUGCCUCGACCCCUCGAAUUCGGUACUAUGCCUUCAGGCCACUGUGGAGCUGGCCAACAAGGACAAGGUUCACUUGGAGUCGUGCAUCGAGGACCUAACUGCGGCCCACCGACAAGUUGUUAGGGAUCGUGACGACCUGAGCUCUCGCAACACUGGCCUUCGCGAUCGCAUCACCGAAUUGGAGGGUGAAACGAAGCAGCUCGACAAUGAAGUGAAACGAAACGCUGAAUCUUUGCGCGUAGGCAUCUUUCGAUUGACCCUUUUUAGAUUUACUUGUUAA